UUUCCUGUGGAAUUAAAAUGGCGGACGACAAAGAUACCAGAAGCGCGUACAAACAAAGUAAUGAAUUUCCCUCUUAUUAUUUCCCUUUUUAUCGCGAUGGACAACAAGAGCAAUCAUUCAUCGAAUAUGGAAGCUCUUCAAGUCAUAAUCUUAACGUGAAUGGGAGAUCUGGUUUAAUUUUAGAAUCAAAACAUCGCCGAAACGGAGGAAGGUAUUACACAGCUCUCCAUGCAACGAUACCUUUGAUGCAACCGUGCCAGACAUCACAUCUUUGCAAGUCUUAUCCAGAGGUGGAGAUUAAAUUAAAUCAUCGACAGGAUGAUUUUCGAUCGACACUAGCAACGCAAAUAUGCAACUUUGCACAAGAUUACCCCGACAUACAGUUCACAAUUGCAGGGGCUUUACAAGAUGAGUUCAAAAACGACAAUCUUCAAAUGUAUUCUACAAUCUUCAAAUCAUCCAAGCAGGAACAAGUAAACGAACUCUCUGAAGCGCUUUCUGAUAUUCCCUCAGAAGUGUUAUUUGAUUUACUGAACGAGAGUGUGAAUGAACAAAAAAAUGAAAAAUUCUAUUUUGAUAUUCUUCAGGGAAACACCUUGUCGUAUUGCUCAAAUUGGGACCCUAACACUGGCGUUUUGUUCUAUCCUAACGGGCCUACACUUGAAACACUAAACAUGAGCUAUGUUAGCUUUGAUAAACACGAUUUGAACUCAAAUAGUUGCAAUAGUAACCAAUUAUGGAAGCCAAGUCUAAGAUCAAGUAGUAAGGCAUUUGAUGUGAGCGGAACAAUAAGACAAGUUAAUGCAGUGUCAAUCUGGAACAGAAUAUUUGUUGGUACAAGAAGCCGCUACAGCUGUUGUAUGUUUGAAGUUUCUAGACCAUCAGAUGAGGAUAACGAAAAAGUUACCCUAAAUCCUGUUGAAAGCAUUGCAUGCCAAACAACCCCAUCAUGCAUUGCUGUGAGUCCAUAUAUCCCAGCUGAGGCUAUUAUUGUCAUGGAAACAGGAGAGGCUUAUUUGUGGAGGUGCAAUAGGUCUGUUGAACCUAUAUACAUCAUGCCUCUAGCAGAAAAAGAAAGCCAUCCAUGGUAUCAGUGCAUAUAUGGACCAAAUCCAAGAUGUGGGCUGCUGGCAAAUUCACUUGUAGCAGAUUUUGUUGAUUUUAGGGUGAGGCCAUCUUCACAAAACCAACUAUUUUCUGUUACCUCAAGCCACUUAAAUGUCCAAGAGCGCAUAUCUGCAAUUCAGCGACACCCUAGCAAUGCCCACUAUUAUCUGCUAGGAACAGAUCAGUCGCUGUUACUCUUGGACGACAGAUUUGUCCAGCACCCUGCCUUAAGCUGGCGUCACCAUCUACAGGAUCCUGUCCAGUUCAUGGAUGUUACAACUGAUCACACAGACACCAUUCUGAUGUUAUCAGGAUCUAUCCAUCGAGAGGUGCACUGUUUUAGAUACAGCAGCGGGAAUGAGGUUCAUUGCGCUGUACCACUGGCAGGGGCUGUCUCCACUCAGCCACCUUCCUCAUCAGGCUUACCAUGGAAGGUAUCAUCAUAUGACCAUUGGCCAUUACUUCUCCCUGCAUCAUCCAGACCGCUACCGUUAGACCUAAAGAACCGCUUGAUAGAGCCUCUAGUCGGGUCUUGCAUUGUCCCAUUUUCCAGCACCAGCAAUAAAGGCUUUGUCGUUAUUCAAAUGUCAGCGUGCGGUGACAUCUUCUAUCAACCAUUUGCUGGAGACACAGGAUCCGAAAACGCUCACAGAACUCUUCCCGAAGAAAGCAUACGUAGAUGUGAAAAAUGGAUAGGCUCUGUGUGCCAACUGAUACAGAAAGAUCCUCUGUCUUCAGAUAGAAAUUCUGAAGAGGUUAAUUCUUAUAAUUUGUUUGCGUCAAUGAUUGACGUGAAGGAGCCUCAUUUAUCAUGUGUCCUUUGUAGAGAGUCCAGCAAAUUGAUUCAUAGCGCCGUAAGUUCGGAUCCUGCUGACAUCUGCCCGAGAUGCGGGGUUUGUGUCAACACUGGCGGACUGUUGAAACUCUCUUUGAGAAAUAACAAGGUUUUACGAAGAGCACAAACGGAAGAGUGUGACAAAAUGGAUGGUAAACCAUCAAAGACGCAGGUAUUUGAUACAUUUCAAGACCCUUUAAGUAGAAGUCUGAUUUUUAACUGGAACGAGGACAUCCCGACACCUACAGACUUCGGAGAUACCCCGGACACAGAGAAGGAUCUAGAAAGUUCUCGUGAGAAUCAGACAGAUCCCGCAACACCACAACCAGAAAUACCGCAUAGUUUAGACAAUGAUACCGUGAUUCCUCAAGGAGAAGCAUCACUAGAUAACCAAAAAGAAUUUCUGCUACCCCUCCCUACUGGUGCUGCAGUAUCUCGGACUUUGUCCCAGCCUGUUACAGGUUUGUUGCACUCACCUUUGGGAGGCACACCAAACCCUCGUCCGGACAGUUCGGACCGUGACAUAUUUCUCGGUCAGCAGAGCCCUUUACGAGAUGAAACAGAUCUAGGUCCAGUCUUGCUAAAAAAAACACCUUCAACAUCUAAAAAAGCUAAAAGGAACAUUACCAACACUAUGGGGUUUUGAAUAUUUCAGUUUUCUUUGAGAUACCCGUGCCGUUUUAACCUACGACGCCCCUGUUGUUAAGUCGACGUUUUUUGGCGGUGUAAUAAAUCUCAUUGUUGUCUAAACUUGAUUUCACUCUGUUGAAUUUACAAAGAAGCUACAGUCACUGUCUCGGCAUUUGGCGGAAACCCUCGCGAAUUCCAAAAGGUGUUGGUAAGUAGAGCAGUCCGCUCGCGAGGGUUUCCGUGAGGGGAGAAUUGUAUGUAUUAGAUUACAAAAUAAUUGUAAGGGUAUUGUCAUUAACUAGCCUAGGUAGCAAACGGCCCGUGUUUCCAGGAAAAAAAAAAACUAGAAAAAACAAGUUCGCCCCGCGAUUUCUAUAUCGUGCGAAAAAUGGAGCAAGCGCUUAAUCAGGACACCAUUGAAAAUCGUCGCGCUGUUUAAGUAACAAAGCUGGAAUAUCAGUCCAACGUCGAUAAUCAAUAUUAGAAUGGUUUUCCCAAAUCAGUACAGUCAAACAGCUGAUUUGAAGAAGCCAAUGUAAUAUUUUCGAUUGAAUUUGGUAAAUAAAGUCAAACUUUAUUAUUA